AUGUUGCUUGACGAGGAUCCUGGAACGCUCAUCCACCACACUAUCGGCAAUUUCAACAUCCAUCCGGAUAAACAAGCCGUCACGCGCAUUAAUGACUCGCUGUCCACUCUUCAACAAUCACGCGACCUGCGCAUUCGCGAGGCAGAAUCAUCUCUGCGAAAACUUUCCCGCAAUCUACACUCCCUAACUACCCACCAUGAGGAGGCUGUGGCAGUCCAUGACUCGGGUAAACAUGCCGCUGAGAUAGUUGAGCUCGACACCAAGAAGUUCCGGAUCGCAAAGGCUGCAUCGGAGUUGGAAAUUGAAAGCGAGCGUCUUGAAAGCGAAUUAGAAAUGCUCAAGGAUAGAUUGGCGGACCUAGAGGCGCAAGGUUUGGAGGGUGAUGAGGCUACGCGCCGGGAACGUGAAAUGGACGAUGCGACGAUACUGCGACUGAAGAUCUUCCGCUCACUCGGUAUUGAUAUUGAACCUGACGAGGCGGGUAACUUCAACCGUGCUGUCAUUCGCAAUAGUCGCAAGGGCGAUGUGCAUGUCGUCAACAUUGAUCCGAAGUUCUCAAGGUUUUUCUACUCGAAUUACUUCUGGCAGACGGUGCAAGGAUGA